AUGUCGUGCAUAGAAAAUCCCGGCGAGACGGGAUGGGAGAGCGUGCGACGCGCGCUGGAGGAGAAAGCGACCGAGCGGCUCGAGGGGAGGCAAUCAUUAGAACACCACGCGAUUGGCGCGGUGAACGCGAUUCGCCGACUAACGAGCAACUGCGGCGCGGCGGAGAUUCUGGAACGGAUUCAGGCGGAAGGGGAGGAUGUGACGGACGACCAAGACGGCGACGAGGACGGCGCGCGCAGCGAGGCAGACGGCGCCGAUUUACUCUCACGGCCCGCCGCCGGGGGUUCCGCGCGAUGGUGGUCCGGGUGGGCGGGGGAAAGCGCAGCGCUGGGGUCUGCGCCGGGAUCCGCGCGCCUCGAUGCCGUUUCCGAGUCUUGGCGAAUCUCGCCGCGCGGCGCCACGGAUGCAGCGACUCGCAACGCCUCCAUGCCGCGAACCGACGUGGCCACCCCUCUGCCUCUGCGAAACGCCGUCACUCAAAGCAAUCUCCCCGCGCCGCACGACAACGCGGCGCAAGCUGAGCCAUCCACUCCGCGCGGCUGCGGCGGCUGCGGCGGCGGAAGCGCGCGCGUUCGUCCGCCGCGGUGGCAGAUGGACGCGGCGCAGCUGGUGAUUCGCAACUUCGUCGCGCGCGGCUCGUUCGGCACCGUGCAUCGCGGACAGUACAUCGGCCGCGACGUUGCCGUGAAGCUUCUCAACUGGGAGGGGGAGAGCGUGCACGGGGGCGCGGGGGCGGCUGCGGCUGCUGCGGCGGGGAAAAACAUCGGCGCGCGGGAUGGCGGAAACGCUGGUGGCGCGGCGGGGGCAGCUGCGGAGGCGGAAGCGGUUACAGUUGCGCCUGCGGCGGCUGGAAAUGCGGGGGAGGCUGGGCGCGGGGAAAAGGAGGGCGCGGGGAAGGCUGUGGGGAAGCCUGAGGCGGCGGGGAAAAUCAAUUCCGCGGAUUUGGCGUUUCUGCGGGAUGUGUUUGCGCAAGAGGUGCUCGUUUGGAGCAAGCUUCGACAUAAGAACAUCUGUGAGUUCGUCGGCGCGAUCAUCGGCGGACAGGAGUCGUACGAUCUGACAUCGACGGUUGAGAAUCAUCAGGGGCAGUUACGCGUGGGGAGCAACUUUUGCUGUUUGGUGUUGGAGUUUCUCCCGGGCGGAACGCUGAAACAGCUCUUAGCGAAGCAGAGCAGGAAGAAGAAGCGGCUGCCGUUGAAACGCGCGUUGCACCUCGCGUUGCAAGUCGCGGAGGGGUACGUACGCACGUUCUGCAGUAAGGGGCGUGGGGCUUGGGGUGUGGUUGGGCGCAGACGCGGCGUGAGACAACAGGUUGGGCUGCAGAGAGGCCUGCGGUACCUGCAUGCGCGCAGCAUAGUGCACCGCGACCUCAAGACCGAUAACCUGCUGCUCGACCAAAAGCACAGGGUUGUGAAGAUUGCAGACUUCGGCGUGUCGAGGGUGGAGCCGGGGGAUCGAUCCAUGAAACGACGCACCGGCACCUUCGGCUACAUGGCACCCGAGGUGCUAAAGGAGCAGCCGUACGACCACAAGGCGGACGUGUACAGCUAUGGUAUCGUGCUCUGGGAGAUCGUCACGUGUGGUAACCCGUUUCUCUUUGAGGGUUUCAAGCCUGAGCAAGUCUGCUGCAUGGUGAACCAGGGCCUACGUCCAGACAUCCCCUCAUCGUGCCCGCCCGCCUUGGCUGAUCUCAUGCGGCGUUGUUGGCACCACACGCCUGCCCGCCGCCCGGACAUGGCCGAGGUGGUGGAGCGGCUCCGCGUCCUCACCCUGCAGUGUGCACCUGCCAUUCCCACCUGUGCCUGCAUGUAA